GUCGCCAGUCUAGCGAAUAUGGCUGAGAACAAUGGCAAUGAUCGUUGAGCUAGCUUUGCGUUCUUCUGCUGUGUCAAUUUGUCAACAGAGACGGUAUCUCUGAUCCGGGACAAAUCGCGCACGACCGCUUGGCGUAGCGUAUAUUAUGGCAACUGCUAUUCAAGAGAAUGGCAUGAAACCAUUAACCAAUAAAUCGUUAAAUCAUGUAGAGGAUGUUAAUAACUUGAACAAUGCAGAAGAAAAGGACAAUAGAUUGUUUGACGGACAACUUCAACCAUAUAUGGAUCAUGCCGAAGCUCAUGAAGAACCUCCUGAGCUCGAUAUCGUUAUUAAUAAUGUAGUUUGUAGUUUUAGUGUAAGGUGUCAUCUAAACUUGCGAGAAAUAGCACUUAAUGGAUCCAAUGUUGAAUACAGAAGAGAAAAUGGGAUGAUAACAAUGAAAUUAAGGAGACCAUACACUACAGCAUCUAUCUGGUCAUCCGGCAAAGUAACUUGCACUGGUGCAACCAGUGAAAUUCAAGCGAAAAUUGCAGCACGUAGAUUUGCUCGUUCCCUGCAAAAACUUGGAUUCAAAGUAAGAUUUAAUAACUAUAGAGUGGUGAACGUAUUAGGUACUUGUUGUAUGCCAUUUGCAAUCAAGAUAACAUCAUUUUCGGUGUAUCACAAAGAGAGUGCAGAUUACGAGCCAGAAUUACAUCCUGGUGUUACAUAUAAGCUAAAGGAACCAAAAGCUACUUUGAAGAUAUUUUCUACGGGAAGUGUCACUGUAACAGCACCUAAUGUUGCUGCAGUUCAAGCGGCAAUUGAACAUAUUUAUCCACUAGUCUAUGAGUUUCGCAAGGAACGAUCACCAGAGGACGAACUUGCGUUAACAACGAAAAAACGCAAGUUAAACUCGAAUAAAAAGAAAUUGGACGAAUUCCUAGAAGACGAACCGGAUUUUUCAUACGAAAGUAUGGUUUCCGAUGCAGAAGAUGCGGUCAACGAGGAUAGUGAUGGAAGUUGGGACUGAUCUGUUUUAUUUUAUCGCCGUACUGUUAACUGUUAUAUAUAUCUCGUUCUUUUGAUAAUAAAUGCAUAUACACUGCUCUAUGUACAAAAGUGUUAUUGCUAAAAGUGAAGUGAAGCAUAAAUUCGUUUUCAUAGUGCAAGAACUGCAAGUGUGCGAGUGUCAAGGACAAAAUAGAUAUGCGUAUAUAUACUUGUGUGUACAGAUAUACAGAGAAACGUAAUUAUCAAGUACACAUCAAAUUGAUCAUUAUCCUAAAGACGAUGCUCUGAAUAUUUACUUUUGUUAGCAAUAUAAAGUAUAAAUACAGAUAUAAAUAUAUACGUAAUACAUAUAUAAAGUAUUACACAAAUGUAAAUAUGAAUAUGUAUUUAUGUUUGUAUUUGUACACUUAUAUAAGUCGUAUAUAGAGAUGUAUCUUCAAUAUCUAUACAUAUAUGUAUAGAGCCUAGAAAACAAUUUUUAAUUAUAAAAUUGAUUAAAUUUUUGGAGUUUAUUUAUAUCAUUAGACAAAACUCAUAUAUGCUUCUUUGGACAAAUGUGAUUGAUACAGGUUUUAAGAAAAAAAACAAAAGUGCAUAUAUACACACAUAUGUAUGUACAUAUAAUGUAUGUAUAUAUGUGUAUGUGUGUCAAUUAUAGCCUGUACACAUUUGUGUUUCCAUUUUUAUUUUAUUAUUUCUCACGUGUAAUUAUAACUAGUUUUGCUUAAUUAAUAUAUUGUGCCAAAGAUAGAUAUUCAAAAUUUAAAACAAAGUUAUUAAGAUAGAAUCUAUAUGGUUGACGACUUUAUCUGUUAUAACAAUUAGCUUUCCUAAUACUUGUAAUUAAAUAUGUAUCCAUUUUUACUUUCGUGAUCCACAUAUUUUAUAGAAUGUAUUCUAUUGAUCAAAGUCAUUUUAUUUUAUGUCAUGAUUCAAAUAUUACGGUCUACUCCAUAAAAUAUUGUAACAUACGUAGAAAAUACAUUAUUUUCUGGUUAUAACAUCAGAUUUUUACCAAAGUGAGAGUUGUAAAAGACCAUGAAUCUCUUUCUCGAGCGAGUGAAUCUGAUGUCGAAAACUAAAAUAGCCAACUUCAUAAAAUAUCGCUCUAUCUCGCUCAUUUUUUCAUUCUUGUUUCACGCUGCUGCAGAAUAGUCAUUGGCAAGAUUUAUGAGACAAUUCCUCGAAAUAAACAAGUUUAUGUUUGAAUUUCAAAACAACGAUCUUAUAACCAGGAAAUACUAAUAUAAUUCUGUGCUACCAACAGCUCGUUUUCGCUCAAAUUCUGUUAUUCAAGAGAGAAGCUUGUAUAUUCUAUAGCUUAUUCUAUAUACACAUAUUCAUAAAUUCUUACAUUUAUAUAAUACUUCUUGGUAUGUUUUAAGUAUACAUAAAUAUUUUUUAUGUUUAUAUCCGCAAAUUUUUUUUAGAUAGAGAAAUUGGGUGGAGAACACAUCUAUAUAAUAUUUAUAUAUCUAUACAAUAUCUAUAUACUAUCUAUAUAUGUAUAAUAUAUUGUAUAGAUACUGUGGGAUUGAGAAGUUAAAGUAUUUCUCACAUAAGCUACAUCAUGCAAUGUAAAUACGCAUCGUCCACAUUUAUUAAAAUACUUUAUAAAUUGUAGGUAAAUCUCCCCUUUCUCCUAUACAAAAUUAUAUUAAUAGCAUAAGAAUAUGGUGAUGAUAAAAAAGUUUAAUCUUAAUAAACAUGAUUUGUUUUUAGGUAAAAGUAAUUCCGAAAAAAUAUUUCCGACAAGUACGAAUUAAAUUUCUGUUCCAUCAUUUAUUAUAUGUAUUAUAAUAAAUUUUCAUGUAUUUUUGUAUUUUUAGAAAGAUAAAACAUAUCAUUAUAAACAGUAUCAAUGCGUUUUAUACGAAAUAGGCAAGAAAAUAUCAAUGUAUUUUUUUGGGCGAAUACGGGCUGUGUUUUGUGGAUGUAAACACUAAUAUUAAAUUUUGUUUUAAAUGCCUAUUAUUUAAAAAAUAUCGAGAGAAUGAGAAGAAAAACGAGUCUUUUUCUGGUUUGCAGUAUUCAUAAAUUCAAAUGCGUAUAUUAUAAUAUUUCUUUUAUUUACGUAAAUUUAGUCCUAAGAAAAUGAAACUAAACUGACAUUAAUUUAGAAUUGUAUAACAAAGAAGCCUUUUCGUAGAAAUUAUGCAGAAAUUUAUGUCAGUGUUAUAUGAUAUAUAUUUCCUCCUAAAACUAAAUUUUAAACAUACGAAAUACGAAUAUACUGUGUUCAAUGCGAGAGUUUAUUUUCGACUUAUACCGACAAGAAUUGCACAUUCUAGAAUUUGCAACAAAGACAUAAUGCAAUAGGAUACAUUAGACUUAGUUAUCGGCUUUUUUUUUAUCUACAUACGCAUUGACAUCUUGUAAGAGUAUUUAUUUAUCACUUAUAGUAUCCUUAUGACAUAGAUAAAUGCAUUUGAAUCACAUGUAAUUUUUAUAAUUAUUAGAGAGUUUUCCCCAAAUAUUUGAAAUAUCUCUUAUAUGACAAAACAUUGAAUUAAUUUUGUUCAUUUAUAAAACAUUUAAAUCGCGAAAAGAAAUAUUUUUACAACUUUGCAAACCGAAUACAUUGUAUUUCUAGAAUUCAGUUUUUAUAAAUAUGUAUAUUGAAUACAUUGUGCAAAAUAUUACAUAAAUUGAAGAUAUAGCAUAAAGUGUAUUAUCUUUCUCACAUACUUCGCAAUAUUAUACAUAUAUACACACUUGUACAAAAUUUAAUCUUUUAUUUGCAAUAUGCAAUUAAUUGAGAAAAAGCAAUAUACUGAUCCAUAAAAAUAUAUAUAGAAAAAAAUUAUCAAAGAUUUAUGUAAUUUAUUAAUAAUGUGAAAAGUUUAAUAUGACUAUCAUAUAAGUAUAUCCUUAUCACACAUUAAGUAUAACAGAAUACGAUAUGGUAUGGCUGAUAUUUUGCAAACUUAUUAGAUCAUGAUUAAUAAUCUGUUCGUGCCAUAACGUCUAUACAUUCGUUAAAAUUAGUUGAAGCAGAGUUUCGUCACAAUCUUCGUAAUGUACAUAUUGUUUUUACACUGAACAAAUUUUUUACGAUUUAAGCUAAAGUCACUGCCCAUAGUGUAUUCAAUCCGAAAAUGUAAGACUUGAUCCACUAAUGAGUACGUGACACAAAUUAGUACAUUUUGUUUACAUUAUUGGACACAAAAUACUGUUCUUUGCGUUACUAAUCAUAGAAAUUAAAACUUAAGCGAAUAAAAACGUUGGACGAUAAGACAUAUUGUCGAAGUGUAAUGGCAAAAUAAAUUUUAUCAUAUAUUUG